AUGUUCCAUACUUUCCUCAAUACAAAAUUAUGUUGGUGCUUCUAUGUCGUGAUUAUGUCAACAGUUUCGGUUCAAACUCAGAGUUCUGUAGUUGGUGGAGGAUUUCUUUCGGAUCCUUUUCUCGAAUUAACAGGAAUUGUAACAACUCCUGCUAUUCCGAAGUCUAAUCGAACCGAUCUAACAUGUGUGUCAAAUGGAGCAUUGGUUGGUUCGAUCAUUGGUACGCUAUUAUUGUCAUUAUUAGUGGGAUUUUUAACAUGGUUAGUUUAUUUACGACCGAAAUUUCGAGAAUUGCAUGAGAAAUAUUCACACCAAGAUUCGAAAUCAGCACAUGCACAACUUCAACCAUUUAUUGUAUCAUCUUCGUUAACUCUGAAAAGAAAGAAGACAACUGAUGAUGAAUAUAAAGUUAAUCCUUUCCCGCUUGAUAGUACUGCUCAGAAAUUUGGAACAUUUCCAUUCCGUCAUUCUCAAGCUUCCAGCUUGAAUAGUCACUAUUAUCGCAUCGAUGGGUUAAAUCGAAAUUCAGCAUCAUUCCAUUCAGUAAACAUCGAUAAAGACUUUGAAAUGAUCGAUGUGGAAUUGUUAGAUCCAAAAUUUGGCGGUCUCAAUUUUAGUAUCACGGGAAAUAUGCGUGCAGGAAUCUAUAUAAAAGAGAUGCUGGACAAAAAUUCAUUUGAAGUGCAAACCAAAGCGAAUACAUUAAGAAUAGGUGAUCGAAUAAUGGCGUUGACUGUAUGUUUCGAUUCGAUUGUUUAUGAAGAUGCAUUAACCAUUCUGAGCUAUGCAUCGCCCUAUCCAGUUAUUCUUCGCAUCCAGCGACCAUCGAAUGAAACAAAAGUGAACGUCAUCACAGAAAAUCGAUCAAUGGCACCAAACACACCAAGCAAAGUUAAAUGGCAAGAUGAUUUUGACCAUUACGAUAACGACACUCCACUUAAUCGUUCCGCGGUUCACAAGGAUCCACCGCUACCGAUGCCAAUAACUGUCCUACCAUCAACUCCUAAACAAUAUAGACCUCCUUUGACGCCACAGACUCGUUCAUCAUCAAAAAAAGUCCGUCGAAAUGCGAAUACCCAGCCACGCAUGGGCAACAAAUUGUCACCGUCAAAUAAAGGUAAUAGAACAAAAACGUCGUCUAAUAGUGUGUUUGCAGCAUCGGGCGCCACAACAAAACGUUCGAAUAAUAAUCUCAGAAAGUAUCGAUCGAAAAUUCAGGAUAAUCAAUGUACAUUACCUAAUCAAAUGAUGUUAAUGUCAACUGGAUUAACAGGAAAAUUACCACGAAAAACUAGUUCAACAACGCCAUUGACAAAUAAAAGAUCAGUAAAAACAGUUUCCGAUGCCGUGAAUACAUAUCUUCGACAUAAAAAUGAUACUCCUGGAGUGAUAGAACCUCCGACAGAAUUGAAUGAGAAUCCUGAAACAACGAACACGCCAUACUAUGACUCACCGUACGAUUACUUCCAUGAGGAUCCUGUUCUGCAAUAUCAAUAUCUUCAUCAAUCACAUUUAAAACAGGCCAAUCAUGCAUUGGGAACCGAAUCUCUAACAGCUAUAACCCCUAACUAA